AUGCCAACGCAGCUCCGGUGCUGCCAGGCCCGCUGUCCCCCUCGCCCAGGUGCAACGGCCACCGGAGCUGAGCAAUGGAUUCCUUCUGCUUCGUCUGCUUCCAGAAAGAGGAGCUGCAGCCCCUGCACCUCCACAGCCAUGAGCGCCGGAUCGAUAGAGCAGGAGCCGUCGCGCAAGCUGGCGUGCUGCGGGGUGCCGCUCAUCACCGAAGACAUGCAGUCCUUGGCCAUCCGCACCCUCUCGGGCACCGACAUCAACAAACACUACGACCUCAUCCGCGAGCUCGGCAAGGGCACCUACGGCAAGGUGGACCUGGUGUCCCACAAAAGCACAGGCACCAAGAUGGCCCUGAAGUUCGUCAACAAGAACAAAACGAAGCUGAAGAACUUCCUGCGGGAGUUCAGCAUCACCAACACGCUCUCCUCCAGCCCCUUCAUCAUCAAAGUCUUCGACGUGGUCUUCGAGACAGAGGACUGCUACGUCUUCGCUCAGGAGUACGCCCCAGGAGGGGACCUCUUUGACAUCAUCCCCCCGCAGGUGGGGCUCCCCGAGGACAUGGUGAAGCGUUGCGUGCAGCAGCUGGGCCUGGCGCUGGACUACAUGCACAGCAAGAGCCUGGUGCACCGGGACAUCAAACCAGAGAACGUGCUGCUCUUCGACCGCGACUGCCGCCGCGUCAAACUGGCCGACUUCGGCAUGACCCGCAAGGUGGGCUGUCGGGUGAAGCGCAUCAGCGGCACCAUCCCCUACACGGCGCCCGAGGUGUGCCAGGCCGGCCGCGCCGAGGGCUUCGCCGUGGACACCAGCAUCGACGUCUGGGCCUUCGGGGUGCUCAUCUUCUGCGUCCUCACCGGGAACUUCCCCUGGGAGGCGGCGGCCGCCUCCGACACCUUCUUUGAGGAGUUCGUGCGGUGGCAGAAGGGCCGCCUGGCGGGGCUGCCCUCGCAGUGGCGGCGCUUCACGGACAGCGCGCUGCGCAUGUUCCAACGCCUGCUGGCCCUCGACCCCGAGAAGCGCUGCCCCGUCAAGGAGGUCUUCUACUUCAUCAAGUACGACCUGAUGGCUGAGGUGCGCCGCCGGCCCUCCUACCGCUCCCGCAAACACGCCGGGGACAAGCUGCCCGCCGGGCCGCACCGCCACGAGCCUGGCGCCUCCUGCACGCCCGCCCCGCUCAAGAGGACCAUCCUGACCGACGGCCCCGGCACGCGGCUCAACGGCCCUGAGCCCAGCGCGGCCUCGUCCGGCCCGGCCGGCAGGACAGACGGACGGCAGGACAAGGGCAAAGGGCAGAUGGUGCUGGCCACAGCGAUAGAGAUCUGUGUCUGA